UGGAUAAUUCAUCACCUUGUUCCAUAUGGUGUCCCUAAUUUGUGAAGUCUCGUUAAGAGAAAACAAACUUUUCCAUGGUGUUUAUCACUUACAUCAUCGUAGAGGUGGUUGGAAAUGCUUUUAAAUUCAUAAUCCUGCUCCGCAUACAAUGUGUGAGAACAAAAAAGUAUUCUUUUAUUGUAAUCCAUCACUGUAACGCAGGGCUGAAUGCGUAAUUCACCAAAUGUCCUGGCUGCAUUUAGAGAAGAGCGUUGUGUGCUCUCUCGUGGAUCUCCUCGGACACUGUGCUCACUUUCAACAGAGCAGCGAGGUUUUCCGAGGAUAUCUGGGGAUGUUGGAUGCUGUGUCCAUUCACAUGGCACUUGUUGCUGGCUUAUUCUUCUCAGCGCUGGUCUGUUGAGGACUUAACGAUCGCAUCUUCACCUCCCAUCAGGAUCAUGUCGGUGGAACAAACUGAUUCCAACUCCAGUGGGUACUAUUUUGACAAUGCUUCAACUCGAGUCCAGAGCAGCUUCGUGUUUUCAGGACCUAUAUUUGUAAUUUUGAUGGUGAUGAUGGUGACUUUGGUUGUUGUGAUAGUUUUGGGUAACGCACUGGUAAUUUUUGCCUUUAAAGUGGACAAGAGUUUGAGAAGGCAAUGCAAUUACUACUUCCUGAAUUUGGCAAUAUCAGAUUUUCUUGUAGGGGCGUUCUGCAUCCCAGUCUACAUUCCCUACAUUGUUACAGGCAGGUGGAGACUGGGCAGAGGACUGUGUAAGCUGUGGCUGGUCAUAGACUACCUCCUUUGUUCUGCAUCGGUCUUCAACAUUGUCCUCAUCAGCUACGACCGCUUCCUGUCAGUCACCAGAGCAGUAAGUUAUCGUGCCAGACAGAGCAUGACUCAUCAAGCCAUAAUCAAGAUGAUUGCUGUCUGGGUGCUAGCUUUUGUGUUGUACGGCCCAGCUAUCAUAUUUUGGGAGCUGGUGAUGGGCAGAAGCCGCGUGCCAAAGGAUGAGUGCUUUGCAGAGUUCUAUUACUCUUGGUAUUUCCUGCUGAGUGCUUCCAUGCUGGAGUUUUUCUCUCCUUUCAUCUCGGUGGCUUUCUUCAACCUAAGCAUUUACCUCAGCAUACGCAGGAGGAGACUCCACAGCAGGGAGGCGCAGCUUCACCUUCAACUGAGCGAACCUGCCUCUACCCAAGGGGAAGGUAUCCCCUUGUCCCACAACUGGGGGUUGGGGAUGAAACUGGCUGUAAAAGGCUCUAUACACUCCCAGACCUCCUCUCCCAGUUUGGGUAAACUAGAUCCCUCAACCAACAGGGCAGCCCAUCCCAGCCGUCUGUCCAGGGAUAAGAAAAUUGCUAAGUCCCUGGCCAUAAUAGUGUGUGUAUUUGCCAUCUGCUGGGCACCAUACACCCUACUGAUGAUCAUCCGUGCCGCCUGCAGAGGGCGGUGCAUCCAGCAUCACUGGUACGAGGUCACCUUCUGGCUCCUGUGGCUCAACUCUGCUAUUAACCCAUUCCUGUACCCACUUUGCCACAGUAGCUUCCGCAGGGCCUUUAGCAAGAUUCUCUGCCCAAAGCGGCAUACUACUCCCCCAUCAUCUGUCCUUCGUGUUGGCCAGUGACAAGCAGAUACUCAUGGAUGGAUAGGGACAGACAAUGUGCCAAAACUAUGGAUAAAAGUAUUCAAAAUCUUAAAUUCCACAGUUUCAACAGAUGAAGCUAAACUGUUCACCACAUAGACCAUAAUUAAUAGUUUUCAAAUGUGCAUUUCAGUGUUUGAAUGUAUAAUGUUGGUACUGUACAGUAUAAUGUAAUAUAUUGUCAGUCAGUACACUGUGAACAUCUUAAAUGUAUACUAGACACCAUGAAAAUAAUUGUAACCUCUGCUUAUGAAUCAGAAUAUGUCAACAAAAGUAUUAUGAUAAUUAAUGGGCAAAGGUUUUCACACACUGUGAGAACACGUUUAUCAUUGCUGUGUCUGGUGAGAAGAAAAACAAUAGAGAAAAUAGCACCAGACAGACGCUGUAAUGACUCAGGCAUAACUUGUGUACUGUAUGUAUCUGUAGAAAUAGGGGCAACAUGUUUUCAUUGACCAACCGUCACAUACUGCACACUUGUUACCCAUUUACAUAGCUACAGUAUGUGAUGCUAUGGAACAUGAAACACUGCAAAAUUUUAUAUUAGGCUAAAAACAGUAGCAAUUCAUUGAUUAUCUUGUCUAGUUUUUUAUGUGAAGCAGCUUGGCAUCUUUGGCAUUUAUGUUCAUAGAAGAUAAGUAUUGCCUUCACUGUGACAUCUUUGCUUCAGCUGAAGUAAAGCAGAUCAAUAUCACCCUCUGCUGUUAGAAAGUUUACUACUUUUACUAUUUCAGAAGCACAGUGACUAAAACACAAAGUGCCAUUAAGUAUAAAUGUGUAUAAAAUCAAAUGUGCUAUGAAAGUCUUACAACAGGCAAUCAAUGUCUCUCUUUUUUGGGCACAUGGUUAUACCAUAGAUUACCUUUGUAAAAAAUUACACUUAUUCACAUGCUUUUUCACAAUUUUCUGCUCAUUCAUCACCCUGUAUUAACAAAUAAAUGACUUUCUGUACUGUAAUGUUGAAAGACAAUGCAAACAAAAGUAAACAUUAUUUUUUCUUUUUCUUGAACUAUUACUACAUUACUACCGAUAAUCAAUCAGUUUGCCAGUAAAAGACUCCAGAGCACAGCAAUCACCACUGGUGUUCUUAAAGUUUUUAUAUGUGGUUUUACAUUCAGUGUUUGGAUAUAUGUAGAGAGAGGAAGACAAUGAGAGGUAACCUGUUUACAAACAAUGCCAAAAUACCAUUUUUCAGCAGGUGUAUGUAUGCUUUUGAGCCACUAGAUGUCACCAUUAACCUUUCCAGCUUACAGCCUGUGCAGUGUUUGAGCAUUAAACUCCGAUUUAUCAUCGACUCAAGUCAGUCUUUGAGACUGGCCAUGAUUUCACUUACAUGUUUUACUUCAUGUAUUUGAAUUUUAAUUUAAAUGCAAGCCAUGUUUUUUGCACCAGUGCCCUGACUGAUUUGAGUUGUAAUAGAAGAAUGUAACCAAAUAAUCACAGGUCCAUAAAAUUGGAUGGUGGAUGGUCUUCAGAUUUAUCCACAGUGAGUCCUUUCACUGUCAAGUGUCACUUGUAACGGCAAAAUCUGGACAUUUAGAGUUCUAUGCUUUAAUGUUAUUAUACUAUUUUGUAACCAUUUGUGUAACUGAAUUAUUAGAGUUGUUGCCUAAGUGUUGUCUUUCUGGCCCAGAAGAAAGGAAUGUGUAAUAAUGAAAAGAUAAAUACAUUUUUGUGUGUA